CACAGAGCAGAAGGCAUGGAGCUGAGCAAGGUCAUGGUGGCCCUGGGGCCUGCGGUCCAGCUCCUCCUGCUCCUGUGCAUCAGGACCCUGAAUGCCCAAGCUGCUGAUACCUGUCCAGAGGUGAAGAUGGUGGGUCUGGAGGGCUCUGACAAGCUGACCAUCCUUCGGGGAUGUCCGGGGCUGCCUGGAGCUGCAGGGCCCAAGGGAGACACAGGCAGUCCUGGAGGAAGAGGACAACCAGGCUACCCUGGAGGCCCUGGAAAGGCAGGACCUCCUGGACCCAAAGGAGACCCAGGAGUGAAGGGUGACCGUGGAGAGAAAGGUGACCCCCCUGUCCUGCCCCACUGCCCUCCAGUCACCUGGUCCUGCCAGGAGCUGCUCAGCAGGGGACACACUCUGAGUGGCUGGCACACCAUCUACCUGCCUGACUGCAGGCCACUGGCAGUGCUGUGUGACAUGAACACUGAUGGCGGGGGCUGGACAGUGUUCCAGCGCAGGGUGGAUGGCUCCAUGGACUUCUACCGGGACUGGGCCUCCUACAAGAAGGGCUUUGGCAGUCAGCUGGGGGAGUUCUGGCUGGGCAAUGACAACAUCCACGCCCUCACUGCUCAGGGGAACAUCGAGCUCCGUGUGGACCUGGUGGACUUUGAGGACAACCACAAGUUUGCCCACUACAAGGUGUUCAAGAUGGGGAGUGAGGCAGAGAAGUACAAGCUGGUACUGGGGAGCUUCGUGGGGGGCACUGCAGGUGACUCCUUGACAUUUCACAAGGACAAGCCCUUCUCCACCAAAGACCGGGACAACGAUCAUAGUUCCACAAACUGUGCCCAGCUGUACAAGGGGGCCUGGUGGUAUGGAGAUUGUCAUGUUUCAAACCUGAAUGGCCGCUACCUCAGGGGGUCCCACCAGAGCUAUGCCAAUGGCAUCAACUGGAAUUCAUGGAGAGGCUACAAUUACAGUUACAGGGUGUCAGAGAUGAAGCUGCGUGUUUUCACUCCUGAAUCAUGAUGGGGGACAGGGUUGUGCCUACCAGCUGUGGGGACCCUCCUCCAUGCCUCCUCCACCUGGCCUGCUAUGUCUCUGCCUUCUUCAUCCUCUUUGAGUGGAAAUGCAGUCUCGUAGAACCAGUGAGAGAAAGCAGGGCUUUUCUUGUGCCUUCCAGCAUUGGAGUUGGUUCUCCCUAUAUCCAGCCCCCUUUCAGGAAGUCCUCUGCUGAGGUUAUAGUUAGCCCUGGGAAAACAACUCUUGAGAAAUUCCUCUCGAGCAAAACCUGCCUGCAAUAGUUCACCCUCAUCCCUCUGAAAGCAGAAAUAAAACUCUUAUAUAGCAAAGCUA